CGAAGAUUUACAGAGCUAUUGAUUGGGGGUUUAUUUACCUCUACACUAUUGUAGUUAUUCGACCAGGCUUAUGGGACGAUGCUGAAAAUUUGGCGCCUGUCUACAAUAUCUGGACAUAAGGGAGAAAAAAUCAACUGGUCCAAAUCGGCUCUUUACGAAUAUAUUGAAUAUUGUGGUGUUUCCGAAGUGUAACAUUACAAAUUUAUUCGUUACCUGUUUGGUAUGGCACUUCGACUUGCUUCACGUAGACUGAGUCCAAUAAUCUCCUCAAUACGUCAUAGGAAAAUCGGGUCAGCCACUAAAUAUGUCCCUUUGUUUGAAACGGUUCAUAUGCCAGAGACUAAGGUGACUACUUUGGGAAGUAACGGUUUUCGGAUAGCUUCUGAGAACUGGAAUACUCCUACAUGCACGGUUGGCGUUUGGGUGGACGUCGGUAGUCGAUAUGAGACAGAAUCUAAUAAUGGUGUGGCUCAUUUCCUUGAGCAUAUGGCUUUCAAGGGGACUGAAAAGAGGAGUCAACAGUCUUUAGAACUUGAAGUGGAAAACAAAGGUGCUCAUUUGAAUGCAUACACAUCUCGUGAGAUGACGGUGUAUUAUGCGAAAUGUUUUGUUGAGGAUCUACCUUGGGCGGUUGAAUUAUUAUCGGAUAUAUUAAAGAACAGCAAGUUUGAGAACAGUCAGGUUGAACGUGAAAGAGGGGUCAUUUUACGGGAAAUGGAGGAAAUUGAGAGUAAUUACCAGGAGGUCGUCUUUGAUUACCUGCAUGCAACUGCUUAUCAAGGGACACCUCUCGGGAGAACGAUUCUUGGACCUGUAGAAAAUGUCAAAUCUUUGAAAGCCAGUGAUAUGAAGAAUUUUAUCAAACAGAACUAUAAAGCACCACGAAUGGUGCUCAGCGCUGCAGGAGGAGUCGACCAUAAGCAACUAUGCGACCUCGCGGAGAAACAUUUUGGCGAUCUCCAGGCAUCUUAUCAGGAAGGCGAAGGGGUACCAAGCAUACAACGCUGUCGUUUUACAGGCUCUGAAAUUCGUGACAGAGACGAUGCUAUGCCAGUAGCUCAUGCUGCGAUAGCGUUCGAGGGUCCUGGUUGGCAAAGUUCAGACACAUUAGCACUGAUGGUUGCAAGCAGUCUGCAUGGUGCUUGGGAUAGAAGUUAUGGGGGAGGAUUUAAUGUUGCCAGCAAGCUGGCCUCCAAGUUUUUUAUGGAAAAUUCGGUACACAGUUUCCAGCAUUUCUUUACUUGCUACCAUGAUACUUCUUUAUGGGGAGUUUACUUAACAGCAGAAAAGAUGGGUUUGGGUGAAUCUGUUGGAGAAUUCCUUAAAGAAUUUGUCCGUAUGUGUACUCAGGUUACUCAGCAUGAAAUCGACAGAGCGAAGAACCAAUUGAAAACACAUCUCCUUUUGCAGUUAGAUGGCACUACACCUAUUUGUGAAGAAAUUGGUCGGCACAUGUUGGUGUAUGGUCGUCGUAUACCUAUAACUGAAUUGCUAGCCAGAAUUGACCUUUGUAUCGAAAUUGCUUUCUUCCUGGGUUGUCAACUUAACUCCUAUUUGGCUUAAUUAUGUUAAUAACUAAAAGUUUGUUUACUUAUUUUCUCUGUUAAAACUUCAUUCUGUCCAUGAUUCUACAUAUUGUUAAACUGACAGCAAUGUAAUGACUUUUCUCAAACCAUUUUCAGUUAGUUUAUAUUUAUAUAUAGAAUGAGCAAGUUUUGUAAGAUAAACUCAUUUGAGGAUCUCGUACAAAGCUUACGAACUUGAGUAGUUGAUUUUCCCUGACAUUCCGUCUGUAGUCUGUUAGUUUCACUUCAUCGUCUGCAUUAUUUGUCAUUUUCUGAUAAAAAAUAUGGACUGUAACCAAUGUGUCAAGAACCAUUUAUCAAAUCAGUCAUUGUAAAAUUAUCACCAAUUGUGAUCCCUCUAAUUAUUCUUUAUCAGUUACAAUAGCACAUAUAUGAAUGCCGUUCAUUUUAAGUAAAGAAAAAGAAGAAAUACAGGUUUACCAAUGUUGUACUUCAUUUUGCUUAGUUUCUGAUCAUAGUAGUGAGUUCACAAUAUUUUUUAUACUGGUCUUUUUAUAACUGGUUUCUACCACCAGUUAUCUGUUCUUCUC